UAACCUAACCAUAAUAGACUCUGUGAAUCUGCUUGCUUUAUCUUUACUAUUCAUAAUCAAAGCUCUAAUGGUUGAAACCCCAUCUUCUUUAGCUCUAUUUCAUGUGCAUCCUCUUCAUAACUGUUCACUUUGCAUCCACAUCUCAUUCAGUUUCCUUUGUUUCAUCUUUCAUUCACCAGAAUCAUGGGCAAUUUCUGCUCAAUCCAAAUUGGUUUACAGAAUUUCAUCCUUCGUGGCUUGGAUUCCAUUGCUGGACAUGCUAAUUACGUGUGCAAGCUUCAACAAACCCUUCCAACUUUAUCUGCUGCUCUUCAAGAACUGAGGGCACAAAGGAACGACCUGCUACGGCAGGUUGAUCUUGCAGAACAACGACUAUUGAAGCCAUUUGAGCAAGUACAGCUAUGGCUUUCAAAAACAGAAACUAUGACAACAGAGGCGGAAAAGUUGAUUGCAGAUGGCCCUCAAGAAAUGAAUAACUUGUGUCUCGGCGGCUGUGCUUCCAUGAAUUAUUUGUCUAGCUACAAGUUUGGUAAAAAGGUGGUCGAAAUGCUUCAAGAAAUAAGUGAUCAUAAGAGUAAAGGAGUUUUUGAGAAAGUAGCGGAGAAUCAGCCCGCAGCUUCAGUGGUAGUUAGACCUGUAGAGCAGCCAGUUGCUCUAGAAUCCACAAUCCAAAAGGUAUGGAGCUGCAUCGUGGACAAAGAUGUGGGGAUCAUUGGCCUCUAUGGCUUGGGGGGCGUUGGCAAGACAACUCUCUUGACCAAACUCAACAACAAGUUCAGCACCACACCGAAUGAUUUUGAAGUUGUUAUCUGGGCAUUGGUGUCUAAAGAGUCCGAUGUUGGAAAGAUUCAAGAUAGGAUUGGUGGAAAUCUUGGGUUUUCAGAUGACUCAUGGAAGAAUAAAAGUGUUGACCGGAAAACUACAGAUAUCUAUGGGGUGUUGGGCAACAAGAAAUUUGUUGUAUUAUUGGAUGAUUUAUGGGAGAGGGUGGAUUUGAACCAAGUUGGGAUACCAAAACCAAGCCAAGAGAAUGGUUCCAAACUUAUUUUUACUACUAGGUCUUUGGAGGUAUGUGGUGAAAUGGAAGCUCAAAAGAAAAUCAAAGUGGAGUGCCUGGAAACGGAAAAGGCUUGGGAAUUGUUUCGAUCCAAGGUUGGAGAUGAAACUCUCAACAGCCAUCCAGAUAUUCUAAAUCUAGCUAAACAAGUAGCUGAAAGGUGCGGUGGACCGCCUCUUGGACUAAUUACAAUCGGUCGUGCCAUGGCUUGCAAGAAAACACUUGGGGAAUGGAAAUAUGCAAUUGAGAUGUUGAAGCGAUGUGCAUUGCCAAAAUUAGAAAAUGAGGUAUUUCCGCUUUUAAAAUUCAGUUAUGAUAAUUUGCCUAAUGCCACAAUGAAAUGUUGCCUCCUAUAUUGUUGUUUGCAUCCCGAAGGUUAUUGUAUUCCCAAAAGGAGAUUAGUAGAGUAUUGGUUUUGUGAAGGGCUACUGAACGAAUUUGAUAGAAUUAGUGAAGCUCAAAUGCAAGGAGACAACAUCAUCUGCUCUCUUAUCAGUGCUUGUUUAUUGGAAAAUGAUGGUGAAAUAGAUGGAGAAGAUUGUGUGAAGAUGCAUGAUGUGAUCCGUGACAUGAUUUUAUGGAUUACACGCGAGUUCGAAGCAACACGGAAUAAUUUUUUUGUAAAAGCAGGGGCUCAAUUAUUUCAAGAACCAGAUGUUAAGGCAUGGGAAAAUGUAAAAAGAAUGUCUGUGAUGGAAAAUAAGAUUGAAGUUCUCAACAAAACACCCAAAUGCCCUAGCCUUCGAACCUUGUUUCUUAGCCAAAAUAAAUUGAAAGUGAUCAGCGAUGGUUUCUUCCAAUUUAUACCUCAUUUAACUGUUUUGGAUUUGUCAAGAAAUGGAGGAUUACGAGCAUUGCCUAAGGGAAUUUCAGAAUUGAUUUCACUAGAAUGUCUUGAUCUAUCUUAUACUGGCAUAUCAGAGUUGCCAAUAGAGUUGAAAUCGUUGACAAAGCUAAAAAUGUUGGACUUGAGUUAUACGGAGAAUCUCAGAAAAAUCCCACAACAUUUAAUAUCUAGUUUUCUCAAGUUGCAAAUAUUCAGAAUGUGGUGGCGGCUAAAUAGAGAUUAUCAUGAGGGUAAUGAAAAGCUUAUAGAGGAGUUGCAAGGUUUGAAAUGCUUGAAUAUACUAAGGAUACCGAUACACAACAUGUUUUGUCUAGAAAGAUUACUGAGCUUUAACUUAUUCCGAUGUUGGACCCAAGCACUACAACUUAGAGGUUUUAGAGGACUAGAAGUGUUUAAUGUUCUAUGCUUAGAAAAUUUAGAGUUCUCCUAUUUUGAAAGCAUGGAGGAGAUAAAAAUGGAAAAGCUAUAUACCUGGGUUUCUUCCAGUAUUAACCAUACUUCAUGCUUUCACACGUUGAGCAGAGUAUCAACAAUGGGAUGUAACUUGGUUGAGUCUUGCUCCAAAUUUAAGAGUUCUUUUUAUAUAUUUUUGUCCAAAAAUGGAAGAAAUAUUGAGUGAGGAAAAACUUGGUGAAGUUGCAUGUGUGGAUGGAAUCCCAUACCUUAAACCAUUUCUGAAGCUUGAAACACUUUACUUAAGUUGUUUACCGAAAUUGAAGAGCAUAUACUGGGAUGCCCUACCCUUCCCAUGUCUGAAACU